AUGGGACGUUCUUCUUCCGGUGGAGGAAAGGGACGUGUGACUCCUCAGAAAGUCAAGAGCAACUUCAGUUCAACAGUUGUGAAACAUCUAUUUUCAACGAAAGAUGAAAACGAUGGAAAGGCAAGAUCGUCGUACAAAGAUGCCAAAGAAAGAGUGAUUGACUACAUCCAAGCUUCUGGAAUGAAAUGUUCCGAAGACAUGGUGAAAUCGAUUCGAGAUGGAAAGUCGAUCGACUUCAAUGCAAUCACUCCAACAUUGAAUACUCCAACUCAAACUGAAGCUGUUGCAAGAGAAACAGAGAUGACUCAAAACAAGAUUCUCUACUCUGCAAAGCUCGACGAGAACAUGCGAAGAUCAGCCUACUUCAAAACGAACAAGCAAACUGUCAAAUCAAACAUCAUGCUGAAGUUUGUGACAAAGGCGAUGGAUACAAGCUUUGAGAAGAGUGCUGAUGCUGAGUAUGACUUCUUGGAUUUCUGGGAAGCCAAUCAAAAGUUCUUUGCUAUGAAGCAAGGAACAACCAAAAACUUGAUGCAUUUCACGGAACGAUUCUUGAGACAGGCUGAAGUCCUGAAAGAUCUAUAUGGCGGUGCCUGGUUCCGAAAUUUUGCAGUCAAGACGAAAGCGUAUGCUGCUGUUGCUAGCACGGAUACUACUGCUAGAGACAAGUUCAAGGAUGAUAUCUUUGAAGCAGUUUUUGCAACAGGAUUCCUGUGCAACUGUGAUCGAACAAGAACAGCUCCUCUGAUGCUGGAUCUUCAGACGAACUACUGCAGGGAAGUGGAUUAUUAUCCAAAGACGGUAAGCAAAGCACAAGAUAUGUUGAAGAUUCACAUGGAUGUGAUUAAAAAUCCGGGAAUGAACCUUUACCAAGGAAAGGACCAACCUAAUAAAGGUAAAGGUAAAGGGAAAGGGAAACCGAAGGAUGGAAAGAAGAAGGCAGCAUGUUAUGUGUGUUGCAACAAAGACCAUAUGUCUCCAAAAUGCCCAGACAGACUGCUACCAAAGAACCAAUGA